CACACGCACAUGCACACCUGCACCCCAACCACAGCCCAUACUCACUGAGCCAGCUCCACGGACCAUGAGGCUGUCGCUGCCACUGCUACUGCUGCUGCUGGGGGCCUGGGCUAUCCCAGGGGGCCUUGGGGACAGGGCCCCGCUCACGGCCACUGCCCCACAGCUCGAUGAGGAGGAGAAGUACUCAGCUCACAUGCCUGUUCACCUGCGCUGUGAUGCCUGCAGGGCGGUGGCCUACCAGAUGCAGCAACAUCUGGCAAAGGCAGAAGCCAAGCUUCACACCCAGGACUCCAGGGGGCAGCAGGUGCUGAGCGAGUCAGUAUACACAGACGUCCUGGACGGGAGCUGCUCCCAGACCUGGCAGGACUAUGGGGUCCGAGAAGUGAACCAGGUGAAACGUCUUACGGGCCCGGGGCUAAGCAAUGGGCCAGAGCCAGGCAUCAGCGUGAUGAUCACGGGGGGCCCCUGGCCCACCAGGCUCUCCUCGACAUGUUUGCACUACCUGGGGGAGUUUGGAGAAGACCAGAUCUAUGAAGCCCACCAACAAGGUGCAGGGGCUCUGGAGGCAUUGCUGUGUGGAGGCCCCCGGGGAGCAUGCUCAGAGGAGGUGCCAGUCACCAGGGCAGAGCUCUAGUCCUUCUUCCCCGUCCUGGUCAGCCCCUGAAGAGAGCUGCGGCUUCCUCUGGAUCUGCCCCACACCCUUCUGCAGGCUGCCGCUCUCCCUCCCUUCUCCAGCUUCGGGGCACUGGGGCCUGGGCAGGGGCCAAGGCUUUCCCCUCUGGACUCAAAUAAAACCCAGUACCUCAA